AAGAACCCUCCUACCAAGUUGGAGCCGUAACCCUAAUAGUCGUGACGCUGCUGCAAAUAUCCACCCGCUGGAAUCCCCUAGUGCUGACAAGGUGCCAGGGGGCAGAGAGAAGAAUCUAUUCUCCUUUCGGUUCCCCCCUUCUCCCUACCCUCCCUCCCUCCCUCCCUUCCUCCCUUAUCUGAUCUGUUCGUCCCGGAGAGUCGCAGGAAUACACAAGGGAAAAUCUGGGAGCUGGAGACCCAGCCGAGGAGCACCUGACCCAGGCGGCGAACUCAGCAUGGGGGCUUCUCAUGGGAAGAAAAAGGCGUAUAACAUCAAGCAGCAGAGUGUGAAAAGUGGAAAACACGUCAAUGGCAUGGCCUCAGCAUACGCAGACAUCCAAUGGGAACAGCCUCAUCAGCCUGAAAUAACAUAUGAUGACCCAUUGCGAUGCCCACGCAGGAAUAUCCUCCCUGUGGCCAGCUAUGCCCCUCAUCCCGAUUAUGUGCAAGGGGACGAGGAUCUCAUCAAGCCCAAAAAGCUGAUUAAUCCAGUCAAAGCUUCUAAAAGCCACCAGGAGCUUCACCGAGAGCUGCUUAUGAACCAUAAACGGGGUGUGGAGAAUAAACCAGAGCUCCAGCGUGUAUUGGAGCAAAGGAAGAGAGAUCAGAUGAUCAAACAGAGAAAGCAAGAGGAGGAGGCCCGGAAGAAGAUCUCACCUCUGGAGCAAGAGCUUCUCAAGAGGCAAAAACAACUGGAGGAGUUGGAGCAGGAGCAGGAACGUCAGGAAGAGUGCUCUCGCAGCGCUCCCGAGUUCAUCAAGGUCAAGGAGAACCUGCGCAGAACGUCCCUCAUGAGCACUGGAGAGAAAGAGGUGUAGAGGACGAGAUCAGGAUAGAUCUGUGUGCUUCUUUCUCAGUCUUUCUGUCUUUCUCACUUUUUCUGUCUUACACAAACACAUGUUCCUGCUGGAUAAAACUUGUGUCUCCAGAAAUCCAACAUGGAAGACGGGAGUUCCAGAGCUGAAAAAGGGACAUGAAUUGAGCUUGUCUUGAUGGAUUCAGGGAUUUUCUGCAAUUUUAAGACAGGUGUGGUAGCUGGAGAUGAACGUUCUGAUGACGUUGUGCUUCUCUGCCGAGGCACCAGAGCGUCUUUUAUUAAUUUCUAACUUCAUACAGUGUACAAUCAGUAUUAAUGCAUAUCACUGGAUUCCCAACUGCCAAGUGCACUGCACAUCCCAGACAUUUGAGGAAUCAAUAGCUGAAAUACGAUGUUUGUUUUUUCUCCUGAUGUAUAACAAUCAGCACAAGUCACUUUUGUUCAUAAAUGGAAUGAAUAACGUUUCUCAGUUCUGAUGUGAAUAUAUUUACAAGGCUGCAUGUGUCUGUGCAAGACGUCUGCGAAAAACAGGCUGUAUCCUAAUUACUGUGAUAGCACAACGAAUCAGUGACGGCUGACCUGCCUACCUGGAGGAGGAGUAAUGCGUAGUCUCGCAGGAGGAGGGAGUUAAAACGUGGAACAUUUUCAUUAUCGGCCUUUUUCCAAAUUGCUUGUCUAACUUCCUUUGGAAAAGCUGUGAAACGGUUUCACAUGGCUGACAUUUUCACUGUUGCUCUGCUGCUCAAGGUCUAAAGGUGUCUGAGCGCUGACCAUUCAUUUUUUUUCUUUGCUCAUUUUCUCUUUCAGCCAAAAAACAAGUGUUUUUUUAACCAAUUUCCAGAAAGUUCAAAACUGUCAGCCAUUACAAAUUCCUAUUUUUGACUUUUUUUUGCAUAUUAUUGAGUCAUAACUCAUUCUUUUAUACAAUGUGAAACUCCUCCUCAAAACACAUGAAGGUUGGCAGGUCUCUGAUCAUCUUAACCCAGGAUUUUUUUUUUUUUUUUUGAGACAGAUGUGUUGUGAUGCUUAAAUGUCUCUGCUCUUUUUCCGUGCCUUUGUAAGAGCUACAGAACAGACCGUGCAGGCAGAGCGCCUGACCGUUGCUGCAUUUCAGUCAUUAUAUCACUAUAUAUGUACUCUGCAUCAUCAUAGUUAUGUGACAUAUAAGUUAAGGAUGUAUCACAUAACAGCAUGACAUGUGUCUGUGUGUGUGUGUGUGUGUGUGUGUGUAAGAGAGAGAGUGUGUGCGCGCAAGAACUGUCUAUUAAAAUCACAUUAUAGGAUAAUCAGGAAGUAAAUACACACUCUAGCUUAAACUGACCAUAACUUUCCAUGUCACAUCUACAGAAAACAUUCAGUAUAAAGAUCUUGUUUCUUUAGUGCUUUAUUCCUUUAGUCACACCAGAGAUCAUUUAGAAAAGACACAGACAUUAUAUUAGAAUAUAUAUUUUGUUUUACCUAAUUUCUAAAGUUCAAACAAAAUUACAGUUGAGUAACAAUCAUUAUUAAAAUCAUGUUGUUGUUUUUUUUUAUUUUUACUAUUACGCUUUUAUGUUAUAAAAUCUUGUUUCAUCAAACACCAAACACUGACGUUUCUUUCCGUUCUGUCAUUUCAGCACAUUUCAAUAAUCAAAUCUGACAUUUUGAUUGUUACAAACAAAUGAAGGCACAUAGACUAACACGCAAUCCUGUAAUAUAAUGACAAAAGUGUUAUUACUUUAUAUAA